UAUCAGAUGAUUCAGCUAUACAAAAAGUACUAAUAUCCUAAGGUCAUUUUGGAAGGAUACUUCCAUACAAUUUUCUGCUUCUCUGUCUCUGUGCCUGGAAGAGUUCCUAUUAAUUUCGACCAACUUGUGCUUCCUGAAAGUAAAGUGUGCUUGUCGAAGCACCAAACAAGUUUGAGAGAUCAGUAUACGAAGGAUCAUCAAAGUUUCAGGAUGGUGCAAGAGGGAGAAGAAACUUGGAUUGCAGAUCACAGAGUUGGAGAAACUGGCCUUUCUGAUCCUCGACUUUCAACUCAUGGAAUUCAUGGCACCACUCCAGCUGCAACUAAGUUCUUUGAUCAGGAAGAAGCUUCUUAUUUUGGGGGUCUGGAGGAGGCUCUUAUGGAUGGAGUAGAUGGCAUAAGAGAAACUGAAGACACUUUUCUCACAGCCAGACCCCCAACACUUCAGAUCUUCCCAUCAUGGCCAAUGAGAUUCCAGCAAUCUCCCAGACAGGGGAGUUUGUGGUCAGCAAGGAGCAGUGCUUCAAGCUCAGCUCAAAACACUGCAUCUCAUCCAGAAUCAGACAAUCCAGCAAGCAGAAUGGCCUCUUCAGACCUGUGUGCUGACCACAAGCAGCAACAAGAGGUGAUGAUGAGAAAGAUGACUGGUUCAACUGCAAGGAAAGAUGGAAAGGUACUUGAUCCUAAGAGAUUAAGGCGAUUAGCUCAGAAUCGUGAGGCAGCAAGGAAGAGCCGCCUGAGGAAAAAGGCUUACGUGCAACAAUUAGAGACCAGCAGAAUUAGGCUGCAGCAGCUCGAGCAAGAUCUACAUAGUGCAAGAUUACAGGGUGUGUUCUUAGGAGUCGCAGGCUGUGCAAAUGGAUCUACGAGUUCCAGCGCUGCGAUGUUCGACAUGGAGUAUGCUCGAUGGUUGGAUGAGAACUGCAAACACAUGUCGGGGCUUCAAGGUGCGAUACAAGCUCACCUUCCUGAUGGCGACCUCGGUGUCAUUGUAGACCAGUGCGCCGCGCACUACGACGAGCUCUUCCGGCUGAAAGCCAUCGUCGUCAAGUCCGACGUGCUCUACCUCUUGAACGGGGCAUGGAGGACUCCGGCAGAGCGCUGCUUCCUGUGGAUGGGCGGAUUCAGGCCCUCCGAGCUUCUCAAGAUGGUGGUGGCUCAGCUGGAUCCGCUGACGGAGCAGCAGUUCAUGGGGAUCUGCAACCUCCAGCAAUCGUCACAGCAGGCGGAGGAGGCGCUCUCGCAGGGCCUCGAGCAGCUCCACCAUUCAUUGGCUGACGCCAUUGCCGGUGGCUUCCUCAGCAAUGGCGUGGCCGAUGGAAGCUAUAUGGUGAUCGCAUUAGGGAAGCUCGACAACCUCGAAGGACUAGUCCGCCAGGCUGAUAAGUUGAGACAACAGAGCUUACACCAAUUGCGCAGCCUCUUCACCACCAUACAAGCAGCCAAAUGUUUCCUAGCAAUCGGAGAGUACUACGCUCGCCUGCGUGCUCUCAGCUCGCUAUGGGCGUCUCGGCCACGAGAGAGCUUGAUCAGAAACGAUGGUGUUGUCUCUACAUCGACAGACCUGCAAAUCGUUCAUCAACCACUGCAAAAUCAUUUUCCAUAUUUGCCUCUUUGAGCUCAUUCUCAUGAGAAAGAGAGAGAGAGAGAGAGACUGUUGCUGAUCAUGGCUAUUGAACAAUGUGUGCAUGUAUUAUAUGUACAAAUAACAAGGGGAAGCAUAUGCUAACAGCAAAUUGCUUGAUCGAGAUGG